AGCUCAGGCUUUUUGUUAAGAGAACGGAAAAUGUCUCUUUCUCCAAGAACAAUCUCAAUUCUCUUCUUCUCUGUGUUGCUUCCUUCUUGAAACUUUCCCCGUGAAUCUCAAAUUUCCUCUCGAUCGGAUCUUGAUUCUGAACUGUGCAAAUAAAGGCCCGAGUGAUUUUGAGAGUCUUAGGGUUUCGUUAUAGAGAAAUGUUGGUGCAGAGAAGAGUAAUGAGCUGGAGAAGAGUCUGGAAGUCAUUCCAAGCGGUUUCCGCGCAUGGUUUGCUCUUCUCCUUCACGCUUCUUCUCGCUCUCAAGCUUGAUCAUGUCGUUUCUCAUUCUUGGUGGUUUAUAUUUACACCAUUGUGGUUUUUUCAUGCUGUGAUUGCGCGCGGUAGAUUUUCGCUCCCUGCUCCAUCAAUGCCUCAUGAUCGGCAUUGGGCUCCGUUUCACUCAGUCAUGGCAACGCCACUGCUUGUUGCUUUUGAGAUCCUGCUCUGUGUGCAUCUUGAAGAUAAAUAUGUUGUUGACUUGAAGAUUGUCUUUUUACCGUUGCUUGCAUUCGAGGUAGCAAUUUUGGUAGAUAAUGUCAGAAUGUGCAGGACACUCAUGCCUGGAGAUGAGGAAACUAUGAGUGAUGAAGCCAUAUGGGAAACACUUCCCCACUUCUGGGUUUCUAUAUCUAUGGUUUUCUUCAUUGCCGCCACAACCUUCACUCUUCUUAAAUUAUGUGGUGAUGUAGCUGCGUUGGGAUGGUGGGACUUAUUUAUAAACUUUGGAAUUGCAGAGUGCUUUGCCUUUCUUGUCUGUACAAAGUGGAGCAAUCAGUCGAUUCAUAGGUAUACACACAUACCGGAACCUAGCUCAUCUUCAAUGGUAGUGAGAUAUCUGGACUGGAACAGAGGUCUAGUUGUAACCGCUGAUGAAGAGCAUCAGCAGAGCAACAGAAUAUGCGGUCUCCAAGAUAUUGGUGGACAUGUUAUGAAAAUUCCAUUCAUUACCUUUCAAAUCAUCCUUUUCAUGCGCUUAGAGGGAACGCCAGCUUCUGCUAAAAACAUUCCGAUUUUAGUUCUGUUUGUACCUCUUUUCCUGCUACAAGGAGCUGGGGUUAUUUUUGCUACAUAUAGAUUGGUGGAGAAGUCUUUCUUGUUAAUAACUAGUGGUGGUGGUUCUUAUGGAAGAUAUUUUACUGCAACAUCAUCAGCUCGUGAGUUCCUGGGAUUCUUUCAACAUGGUGCAAGAUUACUUGGCUGGUGGUCCAUCGAUGAAGGAAGCCGAGAGGAACAAGCUAGGCUCUACUCUGGAGAAGCUACAGGAUACAACACAUUCUCACCAGAGGUUGUGAAGAAAAUGCCAAAGUCUGAUCUUGUUGAAGAGAUAUGGAGACUGCAAGCUGCAUUGAGUGAGCAAACAGAUAUCACCAAUUAUAGCCAGCAGGAGUACGAAAAGCUUCAAAACGAGAAGAUUCUUUGCAGAGUUUGCUUUGAAGAUCCCAUCAAUGUGGUUCUGCUCCCAUGUAGACAUCACGUCCUCUGCAGUACGUGUUGCGAGAAGUGCAAGAAAUGUCCGAUUUGUCGUGUCCUGAUCGAGGAACGUAUGCCUGUAUACGAUGUGUAGAUUUCAGACCAGCAUACUGAAGAAUAUUUUGUCUUCUCUUCGUUGCUUGUUUGGUUUUUUUUUUUUUUAUUAUUAAUGAUGAAGCAAGCAUUUAUAUAUAUGUUACAACUUGCAAAGGAAAAUCCAAUUCGUUUUCCGGUGGAUGUAGAUAUAAUAUUGUAAACCAUUCGUAAAUGUCAUCAACAUUUGUUUCUCUUUCGCUUCGUUUGUAAACAAAGUAACGAGGUCUACAAAAUUAGUUUCCUU